AUGUGGACGCUGCGGGCGGUGCUCGCGCAGCUCCGGCCCCGGCUGGGACGCCAGCGGGACGAAGCCCGACGCGAGGCCUCCUCGUCCUCCCGCCCCGCGGCAGGCGGCGCCGCCGGGGUCCGGGCGCUGGUCUAUGCGGAGCACGGGGAGCCGGUCAAGGUCGUCGAACUGAAGAAGCUGGAGCUAAGUCCUCUGGGCAAAUCUGACGUCCGGAUAAAGAUUCUGGCAGCCCCUGUCAAUCCAGCUGACAUAAAUAUGAUCCAAGGGAAAUAUAGCAUCCUUCCUGAGCUGCCUGCCAUCGGAGGGAACGACGGGGUUGGCCAGGUGGUAGAAGUGGGCAGUGCAGUGAUGGGAGUAAAGCCUGGGGACUGGGUGAUCCCAACUAAUAUUGGUUUCGGUACCUGGCGUGCUGAGGCUGUAGUCAGCGAAGAGUCCCUGAUCGUGAUCCCAAAUGACAUUCCCCUGCUUUGUGCAGCCACCCUGCGUGUGAAUCCCUGCACUGCAUACAGGAUGCUGUCAGACUUCGAGCAGCUGCGACCAGGAGACUCUAUCAUACAGAACGCAGCCAACAGUGGAGUGGGGCAAGCAGUCAUUCAGAUUGCUGCAGCCUUGGGCCUGAGAACCAUCAACGUGGUCCGAGACAGGCCGGAUCUCCAGAAGCUGACAGACAGACUGAAGGACCUGGGGGCUGAACACGUCUUCACAGAGGAGGCAAUGAGAAGGCCAGAGAUGAAAGACUUCUUCAAGAACUUUCCCCGGCCUCAACUUGCGCUCAAUUGUGUCGGUGGCAAGAGCUCCACAGAGCUGAUGCGGCACCUGGGGAACGGCGGCACCAUGGUGACCUAUGGAGGGAUGGCCAAGCAGCCAGUCACAGCCUCAACGAGCUCAUUCAUUUUUAAGGACAUCAAGCUCCGGGGCUUCUGGAUGUCUCAGUGGAAUAAAGACCAUGGUACAGACCAGUUCAAGGAGAUGAUCCUCACCCUGUGUGACUUCAUCCGCCGAGGGCAACUCACGGCUCCGUUCUGCUCUGAGGUCCCACUGCAGGAUUACCAGGUAGCUCUGGAGGCCUGCAUGAAGCCCUUCAUUUCCUCAAAGCAGAUUCUCAUCAUGUAACAAGCCAGGAGGAUGAGUAACUGGGCAUCAUGAACCAGUGGUGGAGGAGUGUGGCAGGCCCCUCAUCUCCUGUAUCAGUUCUUGGCCACGUGCUCUCUCCACCACAGCCUCUCUUUGCAGCAUCACUGCUCCCCAAGGCGAGCCUGAUUCUGAGAUUAGGAAACAGAGGCCUUUAAGCCAUCACCUGGGCACCAGCCCUGGGCUUCACUAAUAAAGUGUGAUUCUUCUUAAA